GAACUCGCGAGGUAGCAGGUCCAGCAGCUGGACAUGGAGACCCAGCGUUCAUCACCUCUGUCGUUCCCCAACGUCCUGCAAGAAGAGGCCCCUCGUCAGGCCCCUGCCGGGCUUCCCCGAGAAACUCUGUUUUCAUCCCGUGUUCUGCCCCCCAAAGAAAUUCCUUCUUUGUCUCCCGGGCCCCGGCAAGGCUCCCUGCCUCAGACCCCCGGUGUGCCCAAGCAAGAGACUGCCGGCCGGAUGCCACCUGUGCUCCAGAAGAGACCCUCACUCCUGUAUCCUGCCGCUUCUGGGCCGGAAGGCCAUCUCCAGGAGGAGACCCAGUGCCCGCUCCCGGCUGCCGAGCAAGACGCCUCACUGCUGUCCCACCAUCACGAAGCCUCACUCCACUCCCCGGAGGUUCCUGAGAAAGACCCCCUGACUCUUUCCCCCACAGUCCCUGAGGCCGACAUGGACCCCCUGCUGCAGAGCCCGGUUUCCCAAAAGGACGCCCCCUUCCCGCUCUCUUCUGCAGCCCAGAAGGACACGCCCCUGCCGACGGCAGAGAUCACCCGCUUGGCCGUGUGGGCUGCUGUGCAGGCCGUGGAGAGGAAACUGGAGGCCCAGGCCAUGCGGCUGCUGACCCUGGAGGGGCGGACGGGCACCAACGAAAAAAAGAUCGCCGACUGCGAGAAGACGGCCGUGGAGUUCGCGAACCAUCUGGAGAGCAAGUGGGUCGUGCUGGGGACGCUGCUGCAGGAGUACGGGCUGCUGCAGCGCCGGCUGGAGAACAUGGAGAACCUGCUGAAGAACAGAAACUUCUGGAUCCUGCGGCUGCCCCCCGGCAGCAACGGAGAAGUUCCCAAGGUAAACCUACCCCAGCCCGCGCUGAGUGUGUUCAGGCCUCUCGUGUGA